CGGUGAACUUUCACAGCGGUCGUAGAAAUCAAAGAGAGAGUUCGUUACCCAUCCCGAGAUGAAAUUAACUAUCGCCGCGUUUUGUUUGGUUCUACUGGCCGUAGAUGUUGAAUUGGGACGUCCAAGUUUAUUCCGCAGAAAGACAAACAAACCGGCUAAAGGUCCGUCGUCACCGCCCACCCCACCACGAUAUCGUGUGAAUCCAGUGCGCGGGAAUCAAGCGCACAAGGAUGUUCGAGGCGACACAGCUAAACCACCCGAAGGCUUCAUGAUGCCCAAACUAGAAAUUCCGAAAGAACUGAAAGAUUACAAUCCCGACACAAUAAAGGAAGCUCUGGAAGCUUAUAGUCAAAUCAAGCCGGAGAUCCUCGAAAGAAUGCUCUUCAGAACCGACAUGUUUUACACCCCAUUUAAAUCUGCGGUCGAGACUUUGACAACAAAACACAAAAUAGGUGACAAGCAAGCACGAAAUAUUGUUCGUCACCAAAUUGGAGAUCAAUUAUCCCAGCUGGAGAUACAGAUGACCAUGCCAAUCGUUGAAAACAUUCUUACCAGAGCAAUGCUUGCGAAGGGUUUCAAUAUCAAAUACUUGAAAAAGAACAACAUUAUUAAGUAAACGUAAAGCCCAUACAGUUACAAAAUAAGAAUAGUAAGGAUAAAUUUUAUCCAACAAAAAAUUAAAAAUACCCCUGGAUGAUUUCAUGAUACCAGGAAUAGUCGUGUAGCCGGUAGGAAUGAGUAACUUACGACACAAUAAUCAAAAACUGAGGCAAUAUAUCGGAAUGUAUGAUGUCCACAAGUUUAUCCACGCAGAACUAUAUAAAAAAUUCGCAUUAUUUAAAAAAUUUGCGUCUCCAAAGACGGGGAAUGUUCGAUCGGUUACACGUUGCCAAUUCCGAUCUUAAAGGUACACGGAAAUAAAAGUGUCAGGGGUUAUCCUCUAAAAUUGUGGCACUACCCCAAUUUGUUGGUAGAUAUGGACAUUUCCAAUUAAUUAGGGUAAUACCGCAACUCAAGUUAGGGUAGUAUUGCAACAUUUGGCUUAGUUUUUACCUAAUUUAUUGGGGUACUACCAUAAUUAAUUGGGGUGCUUGUAUAUAUGGCUACUAGCUGGGGUACUAUCACAAUUAAUUGGAAAUGUCCAUAUCAUCAAACAACCUCGUGCUUUUUUUCCGUGUAAUUUUUGGCGGUAAAUAAGUGAUGAUCAUAGAUUAUAUCACGGCAAUAGUUUGUAAAUAAGGCUCCUCGUGUUUGAAUAUGAAGUCAAAAUUUUCCUAUCCAGCAAGAAAAGUCAUGAAAAACAUGUAUCGCUAUAAUUUGCAACGCGGCUUGCCAGUGACGUUUAAAUGCUGUGUUUUCUUCGUCGAAUGUAGCUACCUGUAGCUCGUACACAGAGAGAAAACUUAACAUCGAAUUCUGGUUAAAUACAGGAGGUAAAACAGUCUUCGAUCGACUCUGGGGUUUCCCAAUGUCUCCAUAUUGCGUUCUGCGCUUAAUUCACCACAACCUGUACAACAAUCAACACAAAAUUAGGGUUGGGUUUAUUUUCCUAAGUCAACCAAAAAUAACACUUUUAUUUUUAUCAGUGUAGGAGUUUCAAGAAUGUCAAAAGAUCGUUCACCAUGGUCUUUUUGCCCCAAAGUUAGGAAAAAUCGCUUGACAGCUUCUUUGAGAAAAAUUGGCAUAAUUUUCCUUCUCGUCAGUGUAUUUACUUCCUGUUUUCAAGGGUCGAUUUUAUAAUCGACACGAUCUGACAGCGCCACCAUAUUUUACAGAACCACCAGCAGAAGGAAUUGCGAUCAGCUUUAAUUUAAUGUAUGUUAAAAACUUCGAUUCGGCACUCAAUCAAAGUUUGUGUGUGCCAAAGCUAGAAAAGAGGUUAAAUGCCCUGAAAAUGAGAACAAUCAAUUUGAUAAAAGUUAGCGCACUUCUCAAGUAUAAUCCCAACUACUCCUGUUAUUAUGAAAUCAUUCACGAACAAUAAACUUUUUCUUUCAUUUAAAAUCCUUAUUUGUAACCCUUUUCUUCAGCUUGUCAUUUCAAAACAUAAUUUUUGAAUGUAACUUUCAAUUUAGUAUAAAGUUUUUAAUACAUAAUAUUUAUCGAUGGCAAUAUGUGAUUUAGAAGUUUGUAACAAGUAUUAUAAUAGCAACAUUAAACACUUGGUUUGAGA